AUGCCUCAGCCCCCCUCAGCAGCAGUACAGGACGUCGAGGCAGCCUCGCACGCCCCGUGGUCUAGUCCUACGUACCAUGACCUGCGUGUGACAAACUGGAAGGGCGUUGCCACGUCGGCGGCAGCGUCGCGGUCCCCGAGCCCUGCCACGACCCCGUCCGAGAGCUCAAACCAUUACGCCGCCUCGACCACUAGCAGCUGGGCAACGUCGGCCGUGCGAACGCCAGAAUGCGGCUAUCCGGGCGACGAGGACUCGGAGCGGUGUGGGAACAGUAAAUGGGACGACGAGGUCCCCAAAUGGGUGCCAGCCAGGGAUCCCCCGCCCACGGCGGCCAAUUUCUUUGCGCGGUCAGCCAGGGGUCUCCCGGGCGCGAGAUCGGCAAGCAGACCGAGUUCGCUGAGAAACGCCGUGUCUGCACGCGACGCAGCCGAGCCGCCGCCGGCGUGCUACGAGCAUGCCGACUCGGAUUCGAGCGACAGCGAGUGCGGAACCGCGGGAGAGAGCGACAUUGAAGAGGAAGAGGAAGAUGGUGACGAAGACAAUGAGUGGAGCGGCCAGAACGGAAAUCUCGAGUCUGCCGUCAUCUCGGCCGUCGACGGAGACCUGGCGCUGGCUGCUUUCCUGAUACCUCUGCUGCACCGGGAUGUCAGCCUGGCCCUGAAGAGCAAAGUGGAGUCCUGGCAGUGUACCACGACAACCCAGCACGGCGUGGGCGGUAAUUCGGACGGAUCCCCGGGCGAGGGCGGGAAAACGGUAUACACGGACACGUCACCGGGCCAGGGGUCGUCGUCACGCGCGUCCAGGAAGCGCCGCCGUACGAGCUCCGAUGGCGACAACGGGGGUGGCGGUGGUGAUGACGGCGAUGACCGUGAUGACGAGGAUAAUAACAACAACCGCGGUAGCGGCGUAGGUCCGGCAGCCAAUAGCCCCGACGACGGCGAGGAGCCGCAGUGGCUGCUGGCGUGUCCCUUCCACAAGCGAGACCCCGUCAAGUACGGAAUUCAGCAUGGCAACUCGGGAAAUGGGAAGAAGCACCGGUACCGGGCGUGUAUGGGCCCCGGUUUCAAGUCCGUCCAGCGGCUAAAGGAACACCUUAAGCGGGUGCACUCACCUAUACAGUGCGAGCGCUGCUACGAAGUGUUUCCCGGGACGGACCGCGCCGUGUGCCUGAACAAGCUCGGCGAGCACCGCACCAUGGACGUCUCAUGCUCAAAGCUCGAGGACAGCUCGAAAAAGGAGGGCAUCAGCGAGGCGCAGUGGGCCGCGCUCGACAAGCAGAACCGCAAAAAGAACCAGGAGAUCCACCGCGUCGAGAAGUGGUUCGAGAUCUGGGAUGUCGUUUUCCCGGGCGUCGAGCGGCCUAAAAGCCCAUGGCACGACAUUGGGGCUCCGUACGGAGCAGCAUCCUCGUCCCCAUCGCGCGACGGCGAGGACUUUGCCAAGCUGUUCAUCAACAUUCUUGACCACAAGCACCAGCAGGGCGACAUUGAUUUCCCCGAGAACGCCCAAAUGUUUCGGGACCGCCUCGAAAAUGUGGUCAAGCAGACGUUCAAGGCAUACAUCAGCCUGCACGGCAAGCUGUCGCCCGACACGACGUCGUCGAGCGAGAGCCAGCACCGCCGGUCGCUGGCCGACGGCGGCUCCUCGACGCUGCUUUCGGCCCCCGCCACAACAGCCUCUCACCAGCUCACAGCAACAACGGCCGCCACAUCCGUCAUUGGCACCGGCGGCGGCGGCGGCGUACCAAACAACAACAAUAUCAUCAGUCGACGACCGCCCCAACCCCCAACACCGCAGCAACAGCAGCAGCAGCAAAACGCAUAUACGUUGAACCCAACCGGCUACCACGGCAUGGCGUCCAUGUCGUCCAUGGCCGCGCCGCCGACGAUGGGGUCCCCCGUCGUCGUGCCCAGCGUACGAGCCCACAUGCCCAGCUUCGCCGGCAUCCACCAGGCCCACCACCACCCCCACCCCGACGACCCCAGCGGCAGCUUCUUCUACAGCUACAUGUUUCAACCACCGCCGCCACCGCCGCCGCAGCCCUCGCCGCACACGCCCGCCGGCUCGUGGGGCGCGCCCCCCCACGCUCACGGCCAGCCCGUGCCGUUCGCCCACCUCGCGCCGCAGAACUACGGCAUGCCGACGUCCGACUUUUAUCACUCCGGCGAGGCGCAGAACUUUGGACCCGGGCCGGGAGAGUGA